AUGGGCAUUGAAUUCGAAAACUGCUACCCCUCCCUUUUCGCGGAUAUUUCCAAGCAAUUACGCGUUGAUUUGGCUGAUCACAAGACAAUUACGCUGGUGAUUCAGGAUUUUAGCGAAAACCUCUUUGCAGCAAAGAAAAUUAACUGGUUUGUGAUUAUAAGUCUUAUUUGCUUUGCUGCCUCGGUAGCAUCUGACUUGGCGAAAAAUGGUCAUUCGGAAUUGAUCAAUACUAUCCCAAAAACUGUGGUGAAAGAAGGAAUGAAAGCAAAUGCGAUAAGUUGGAUUCAAGCGCGCGGCGGCUGGUCUGGAAUUAUGGAAUACAUCAAAAACGACGAGAUUGAACGAAUGAAGAGGAAGAACAAAUUGAGCCACAUUGUCGAGGAAAACUGCGAUGAGGAGACGGAAUCGGACAAUUUGAACUACCAGCCGUAUUUUGAAGUGAUGCGAGGAUUGGACGUCAUCUGGCAGCUGCCGCUCAAGAUUCGACUUUGCAUGCUUUUUAUUUUUAUUGUUCUGCUCUUUUUGAUUAAAUGA